AUGGCUAGCUUAAGUGAAAGACGUGGAACUGAUUGUACUGAUGCUGAAUGGGAUGAAUAUAUAGAAAUGCCUCAAGUUUGUACUAAUAAAACUCCUAGCGAGUGGAUGAAACGGAUUUGGGCCCGUCUAACAUAUUUCAGAGAAAAUGACCUCUUACCGAAUCAGAGUAAAAAAUAUCUUGAAGCUAGGAAAUUAAUACGAUUUCCGAAUGGCGGUUCAUAUGCUCCUGAAAUCGGAAUAGCAAUAUGUUUCUCUUGUGAUCGAUUAGUAUACACCGGACAAAGAAAAAAGAAUAUAGGAAAUUAUAACCAUAUAGGAAUGGAGAGGCAUUGGAAAUUUGCAUGUGCCGGAAAUAAAUACUGUGGUGUAAAUUACGAAAAGUAUUCGGAAAUUAAACAAAAAUCUAAUUUUAAACGUAAUUAUGAUGAGGAAUAUGCAUUACAUCGUUAUGAGUUAUGGGAAUGGAAUGCAAUGCAAUCAGAAGACUCAAACGCGCAAGGGAAAUUGGUAAAAGAAUUCAAGCGUGCAUAA